UUUUCCUGCGGGACAUGCGCGCGGUCGCGAACAUAGGGCACAAGACGAACGCCAGGAAAAAAUGGCGUCAAAGUAAGUGAAUCUCGGUGGUGCAGCAAGACUGUACGCUGGUGAAAAUUUCGGAAAAAUCGGUGAAUAAUUGGGGGUUUUGACGGUGAAAAGUGCUUGAAUCGGUGGAUGAAGUUGGAAGGAAUGAAGAAAAUCGAUAGAGGAUAGCUUAGGCUUUUUAUUUACCACUGUAACCCGAGACAACCGCAAAACUUUGUGUGCAGCAGUAGCAAUUGCAGCCAGCAAGGGGUUAUCUCCUGCGUGAACUGAAAUAUCCAGGGUUGGACACGAACAUGAAGAUAGUCUAGGGUCGUCGUUGUAGUUGUUGCAAUUGUGUCGAGCCUUAGUCGAACGGAACCGAUAUGGAGGAGCUUUUGAUGACUAUCGUGAAGGAGGCGACCGGGAGCAAACAGCAGAACCUUAAACAAGCCGCACAAAUUGCACAUGACAAGCUACUGCGCCAGCAUGGGAUCCACAGAGAUCCUUCGUACGAGCUGCGGUCUGUGUGCUUUACCGCCCUGCAGAUGGCGCUGGAGACCAAGCGGCCCAAAUUUGUGAGCUACGGGUUGAAUGGAUUGCAUCGCAUCAUACGCGAUGAACGAUUCUUCUUCGGUCUGGAACCGGAAGACGAUUCGCUGUGGUUGCCGGCUCAACUGCUGCGAUCGACCUCGGGAAUAUCUACCGUUGGUAAUGAGGAUACCGUGGUCAACGUGCUUCGGCUGUUCCUCUCAAUGGCCUGCUCUCCAACGUGCACUCUGAACGGUAGACUUCUCAUCGAAGUCCUCUCGAAGUGCGGCGAAUGUUGGGAGAACGGCUCGCGAGCCGUGAAAGCGGCUUCCUUAGCCGCUGGUAGCCAGUGUCUACGGGCGUUCUGCACCUUCCUCAAGGACGAAGCCGAGGAGAUCCUUCGCACUGGUCCUACUGGGAUCAUCAGCAUCGGUAUGGCUGCGGCCGUCUACAACGAGGUUAUUCCGGUCAUGCAAUGGUUGUGCAGUCGAUUAAUCGAACCCAGCACUGGCAGUCCCAAACGCAUCGACUCCGCAGGAUCCCUCUACCUGAUGGAGUGCAUCUUAACGCUGGUGACCUCACUGCCACCAGAUGUCCACGCCAAUCCUCACUUUACCGCAUUCCUCUGGCAGAAGUUCUGCCCAACACUGGCCGCUACUCUCGGAUCACCCGGAAGGGUCAACAUUGACAAGAAGUUUACGUACAAAGACGCCAUACACCUGAUCGAAUCGGAACACCGCGGUUUCUUCACCCGUCCGGGUCUAGAUGGUCCCCAGGCCCGCUGUAUCUACCUGACCAGCAUCCAGCUGUUGCGGAUCGCCGGAGCCCAAGGUACCCUCAGACCCAUGCUGGAAGCCCUGUUCCAUCGGAUGCUGCUGCUGCCGAUACCGGCCAACCGUGCCGAACCACUACGCUGCGUACGGGAGAUCCUCAAGAGCCCCGAACGCCUGAUCGACCUGUCGGUGAUCCUGUAUCCGGACAAGAACCAAGGUCAGAGCUGCAGUGACGACAUGGCGCUGUUUCGACUCAUCAUCGACGCCAUGGAGGAGUGCGCCACAACAUCGCAGCACGGCAGCGCCUCCGUUGACAGCUCGAUGAACUCCAGCGUGGAGUGCAUCGUAGCCUUGCUGGAAAGCCUCCAAACCCUGUGCUCGGGAACGUUCGAUGAGUCGAUCAUGAGUGAUCGCAUAGCCGACGCCAUCAACAACCGCUACCACCAGCUGCGGGAAUCCGACUACACCGGUCCGUUGACAUAUCAAUCGAUGGCACGGCUUCCGGCUCCGUAUCGGGACGCCGUGGCCGAGUUGCGGCAGAACGGUUUCGAGACUUCGUCCGAGUCCGAAGUGGAUGCUGAGCAUCCCAUCGAUCCAGAGGCGGGAUCUCUUGGAUCCGGAGACACCGAAGGACCGGAAGACGAAGCCCAUUCGUCCAGCGAUGACGUAUCUUCGAGGACCGACGGUAACUGGCCCUGGGCUCACCUGGAAGAACCGCCGCACGUACGCUCGGAUGUAGACUGUGACCGACAUCACGCCAGGGAGUUUGCAAAAGUACUUACCGGGGAGCUGGUCCCAAACCUGCUAAAACUGAAGGUUUCCGUCGAAGUGGAUGAAGCAAUUCAGGAGUUUGCCUCGCACAUUUGCCAGCAAAACAGUCUGAACUACUCGGACUAUGAUUACAAUCUAACCGCGUUGAACGCGGACGGCAUCUAUCUGGCAACCUACUCCGCUCUGCUGUUGGCACUGCAGCUCAUGAAGGCCGGCCAUUACGACGAAGGUCAUGAGCCGAUCCUGAUCCCACUGUCCGAACAACAAUUCGUGACAUCCGUCCAGAAUGCUGGGGUGCUGGUCUACCUUAGCUCCGCGUGGCUUCGCGAACUCUACCAGAGCAUCCUGGCUUCAAAUCCGCUGGCAACGCUGAAGUGUAUUGAGAAUACCGAUGGAUCGCACUGCGCCCUGGUGGAUAUGCUGUACGAUGCGGGAGGUGUCGGUCCAUCGCAAAUGCUGUCCGACUGGCAGCGACUCCAGUCGGUAGUCAGAAUUCAAACCGAGCCGAACGCCAAACAACUGGCGGGCAAGAAGCUUGCCCGACGGCUGCUGACUUGCUGUUGGGACUCGAUGGUUACGGUUCUGACGGCUGGUUUGGGCGAGGUUGACGACUCCCGUACCGCACGGUUGAUGAAGCUGUCAAAGAAGACCCUCCGGGUUAAAAAGAAGGCUCGGAGUUCCGGAGAGGCUCUGUACGCACUAAGCUUGGAAGGUCUACACGCAGCGGCUACGUUGAGCAAUUCGCUGAACCUUCAGCACCUAGCCGGCAAAAUCUUGAACUUGAUCGCGACCAACGUUUGUCAGAACUCCGGCCCGAAGAUCCCCGCCAGUCAAGCGCUGUCGAUGGAUGUGGUGUUGUCUGGUGGACUGGAGCUGGGCUCACACUCCGCCGACUGCUGGCUACCGGUUUUCUCCGUCUGUCGGCAUGUAACUCAGCUGGAACACGAUCUGUUCAGCUCGCAGAACGCCCAGAUGGGGAACGCUUCGCAGGUUGCCGGCAACGGAAAGGAUGCUGAAUCACCCAGUAAGAGCAGCGCGCAGUCGGACAAGCUGAACCUGUCGUCGUACCCGAUCGACGAGGAUGAGACCUGCGUGGACGUCUACAGCUUCCUGCAAGCUCCCCUUCCGAAUUCCAACGCCAACGUGGCGACCAUCCUGAAGGCGUACUCCGGCAACGAUACGGUGAACCUCUCGCAAGCGGAUACGGCCAAAAUGCUGUGCGCCCUGUCGCACCAGGCCGACACUCUGUUCUCGGAUGCCGCAGAGCGACUCGCCCUCCCGGCGCUGUUGCACUUCCUGAAGAGCCUGUGUCGUGCGUCGCGCGAACAGCUCUACAGGGGAUCGUCAUCCAAGAGAGGCAAGAAGUCCUGGUGGCUUGGCCGGCCGUGGAAGGUCAAGAACGAUUCGCUACCUCUGUCGCUGCUGUUGCAUCGCGUCGGGGAUGUCACACUCAAGGUGUUCCGGGGACCAAGGCCGCUGCUGCACAUCCUGAAAGUUUGGGCUAUUACAGGACCUCACUUGAUGGAUGCUGCCUGUCACAAGGAUCGUGCCAUUUCGAAGCGUGCCAUUGAGUAUAUCCACGAUAUCAUCACGGCUCUGUUGGUGGAGCAAUCGGAGCUGCCGCACUUCCACUUUAAUGAAGCGCUUCUUAAACCGUUUGAGAAUCUGCUAAGCAUGGAUUCGUGCGAUGUGGACGUGCAGGAUCAGAUAGUGGCCUGCCUGUACGAGAUCGUCGAGGCUCAUCGUACGGAGAUCCGGUCCGGUUGGCGGCCUCUGUUCGGAACGCUACGUACCGCCCGUAACCGUCCGGUACAUUUGUCCAACAUCAUUGACAUCUUCCAUGUAUUUCUGGAGACGGACAACACUCUGGUGUUCGCCAACGCCGGACUGGACUGUAUUCUGUGUCUGCUGUCUUACCUGGAAAUCUCCGGCAGCGGCGGCAGUGUUGCCGGCUCAACCGGGGCCAGCGGCAAUGGGAACGAAGGCAGCACAAACGACGACAAUAACAUUAGAUCCAGUGAUUUUUUAUAUGAUGCUUUGAAAUUCCUCGAACGUUGCUCAUCGAUCCUUAGUUUUAUGUACAAUAUGCCUCAGUGUCCGAAUCUGCACUCGACCUACAAGAUCAAGGGUAUCACCUACACUCACAUCAUCGACGCUAACAUUCCAAACUCCAUGGAGAACUUCACCUACUUCGGGCAGGACUAUCUGCAGAGUAGCAACGAGCAGUACAUGAUCAGUUACCGAUCGCUGCACAUCGACAAGGAGACGAUCACCAAGAUCGAUGAGCUGGACAAACCGAGUGGAGUGCUGAAGGUGUGGUUCCUGCUGUUGGACGGCUUGACCAACUCCUUGAUCGUGUGCCCGAUUGCUCAUCAAUCGCCGAUCCUGCAGUCGAUCUUCAAGCUGUUCAAGUCGCUUUUGGUCAAUCCGGGAAUUGAGUUCGGCUUCUACUGCAUCAACCACCUGCUGAUUCCAAUGAUUCAGGACUGGCUGCGUUACGUCAACAAGGCACAGAAGAACUGGAGUUUGAUCGAGAAGAACUUCAAGCAUUGCUGCUGCAUGACCACCGAUCUGGUGGUGGAGUUUAUCGAGAAGUCGCAAUCUACGCUCGGAGGGUUGGAGGACCGGAUUGUGAUCGGGAGCGAACAGUCGUUCAACCACCAUCAGCAGAGUAUGAAGAAGAACAAGUUCACGAGCAUUGUUCGACCGGUGGAUAACAUGAAGUACAGUAAGCUAAGGAAGGUGACUUCGUUGGAUGAACAGCAGCCGCAGCAACAGCAGUACGCGGGGUAUUACGGUAACAAGAAGGAGGACGAAGGAUCGGGUGCGACAAAGAUUCCAACGGCGGCGAUCUUGGCGUUGAAGCAACUGCUGUUGGUGUUGAUUGAGUGUUCGGCCCAAUCGCAGGAGACGAUCGCGCGAGUUGGGGUAAGCUGCAUGAAACAUAUAAUCUUCUCGACGGGUCACAUCUUCAACGAGGAUCAGUGGAUGGUGAUCACGUCGGCGAUCCACCGUGCCAGCACGGUGACGAUGGCUCCGCUGCGCCAGCUGAUCUUCGCAUUCAAUGAGAAUUCGAAUAGUUUCUACGGAGAUUGUGCGAACGUUAAGGUUGCAGCAAGACGCGACAGUACGCUGGACGAACUGCAGAGGGUGCACUCGUUGGCGCAGCAGGUCUUCCUGAUGGACAACCAGCGGGACAUGUUGAACUCGAAGGUCAACAACAAUCUUGGUGGAGGAUUGAACGGUGUUAACGGAGCAGGUACGGCUACGGACGAUCGAUCGUAUUCGUUCUUGCUGUAUCCUUUGAAUUGUAAUACAAACAUGACACAGUCGUGUUCGGUUAACGGAGGCGGAAUCAGCGCCUCGUUGCAGAGCAAUGGACUCAACUUGGACAGCUAUAUCAUUAGGAUUCCGUACAGGAAUCUGGUGGUUGGACUGCUGGCUAGUCAGAUGCUGUUGCAGCUGAUCGCGAACAUCUUGUUGAACGGGUUGACGAAUGUUCCGAAUGAGCUGAACUCGUGCAUCUACAAUGGAGGUGAAACGACUGGAAGCACCAGCACUACUACCAAGGCGUUAUUCCAGCUGGGUUACCGCAGCAAGGAGGUUCUGCUGAGAACACUGAAGCAGUUCUUGAUUUGCUCGAUGGACUUCGAUCUGCGACCAGGACUGAAGUUUCUGAUCCAGAAGGUGUCCAACAUAGAGAACGCGGCUAACCUAUACAAGCAGAUGACCUCUUCCUGGAUCAUCAACUACAUGACCUUGGUAGACGUCUACAUCAACAACAUUCGGGCGUACAACUUGAACGAAGAUGACAUCAAGUACAUCUUGGAUUCGUGCAGCCACAUGACGGCUGCAAGCCAGCAGUGGAAGAAGAACGAGAACUUUGUCCACUAUCUGUUGGCCCUUCGGGAUCUCUGGGACCUGAUCGCGGAGCACUUCAUCGACAACAUGGAGAGUAACGGUAACGAUGGGUCGACCAUAACGCACAUUGUGGAGAACAAGUUGGAGAAAUACGAGCGGUUUGACGACAAGCUGGACAGUUCUGGAGGUGAAGAAGAUCCGUCGAGCUCGCCUGAGGGGAUCAGCUGUGGAGACCCCGCGAACGACAAUGACAAUCCGGGGAUUGAUCCGGAGUCUCCGUCGAAAAGCGACGAGGAGAGCGUCUCCGUAUCGACGAUCGUCGGUAACCACGGGGCUAGAAUGAAUCCGUUCAAUAUCUCCGCCAAUCAGCAGCAACACAUGCAUCAUCAACAGCAACUGCAGCAUCAACAGCAACAGCAGCAAUCGAUAUCGCCGGAGAUCGAACAACAGAGGACUAACAGCAUUCAGAAAGACUUGAUAUCCAAGCGGUCGGCACUGAAGCAGCUGAUCGUGGCGUCGAUGGAGCUGCUCAAACUGCUCCCCGAGGAACAGGCCGAGCUUUUGAAGCUUCUGCUUACGCCCAAGAUCCGCGAAGCGUUCCGGGUGAUCCAAGAACAGGGUACUGGGGGCUUGACGAUGGAAUGAAGGGCUCUCUUCUACGUAACUUUUUUGUCACACUAGUGUAACAUGCAAAACGUACAUUUCGAUGGAAGACAAGAUAUAAUCGACUAGACUGAAAUCGUUUAACAAAAAUAUAUAUCGCAAAUUUACAGACAAUGCAAACUCCUGAAUUGAAGUUGAAUGGCAGAUCAAGAAAAAAACACAUAUUUUGAUGAUAUAUAGCUUUACAUGAUUUAUACAUUUACGCAUGGAACAAAACAAAAUCAUAUAUACCUAUAUAUACAUAUUGAAGCCCCUUUAAGAAUCCUAUAACUGUUGAUAUACGCUAAGGAAUUUACUAAGAACAGUAUGCAAAACGCCAUUUAUUACACUACAGCUACACGCCCUCCACGCAGCAGUUGUGACUACUGACAGCCACAACCACACUAACACAAACACGUUGCUCAAACACACAAAACUCACCAAACAUACUAAUACAAGCAGCAACAGCGACAGCGGCUUUGAGCUACUACAAUACGCGCAUGUUCUACUCGUUUCAACACUAACUAGCCACAAACAAACAACUCGGUAUAUUCAAAACCUCACCAAUAUAUCCAAACAAAAGCUACCAAACAAUCCCUUUUAUACGAACCUACAUAGCUAUCAAUCGAAUCAGGCUUUCAAACGCAUGUACUCACUAUAGCAAACAAACUAACACCAGCGUGCUUUCGUUAUUGUUUGAGUUUCUUCGUUUAUUUCGAUGAAAACUUUCUCUCGCCUAUAACAUUGGAGAAAGUUGGCGCUUAAAACCUAACAAUCAAUCGCUUCUGUGACUCUUAAUCUCUCUUAUAAGAAAAAUCUCUCUCUCUUGAUAGGUGGUAAACACCGAUGAAAAAUCAACCCAAAAUGGCAGCCGGAUGCCAUAUGUGCGCGAUAGUUAUGAUUAUUCUUAUGUAUUCGUGGUAUAUGUGUACUCGAGUUACCACAACAACCAACAACAACACAAACACAUUUACAACAACACUUGAAACAAACAGUCUAAAAAGCAACAAGAAUGUAUUUAAUCCGCUUGAGUUGAAUAUGGAACAGCCUAAAAUUCGACGAAACAAAAACUAAAGUAUUUUCGUGAUCGGAUCAGUAUUUUAAACCCCUUUUUAGAAAAAAGCAAAUCAUGAUUUCGCCACAAUUUUAAAAAUUAAGAUUGUUUUAUCGGUUCCAAACCGAAUACCGUUCCCCGAUUGGACUCACCCUUCCCUUCGACUCUCUCUCUUUUUGAAUGUGGAUAAUCGAAAAAGAAAAUAACAGAUAAACAAAAAACAUGUAACGAAUCAGUAACAAAUCAGUAUAAAAAACAAACAGAAAACAUUUCAAAACAGAAGAACGUGAAAACAAGUAUUUACCCCUCUGUCUCGAAAGUUGAUCGUGCGAAAUAGGUAGAGGAAGAAGAACAUUGAAAAGGUAACCAAUGAAACAAAGAAGAGAAGCAAAAUGAAAGAAUGAAACAAACAGCAACCAAUUCCAUCACCGACGUGGAACCUGUCGAGUAAAACAAUAAACAAUUGAAGUAAAUAUUAUAUAUUUGUGCAACUGAACAA